AUGUUCAACCAAAUCCUGGUACAUCCUGAGAAUCAGGUGUACCACAGGUUUCUUUGGAGGAGCAACACACGUGACAAACCAACUGUUUACCAGUGGCUAAGACUGAACUUUGGUGAUAAACCGGCCCCUGACGUCGCAACUAACGCUAUCAACACGAUAAAAACUCUGAAAGAGGCACAAGUGAUCAUCUUCGCUUGCAUGACAUCACGUGCGAUUCAACUUGAGCUGGUCACCGAUAAAACUUCAGACGCAUUCUUAAUGGCCUUUCGACGGUUUGCCUGCCUACGCGGACACCCUAAUGUUUGCUGGUCAGACCGUGGUACAAAUUUCGUGGGUGCCCAAGGCUACCUAAAGGAAAUCACGCAGAACUGGGAUAUUCCUGGGGUAAAGAGUGUCCUCUCUGAUAAAUUUAGCUGCGAGCUCAGAUGGGAAUGGAAUACACCACAUGCGAGUCACCAAAACGGAGUUGUUGAAACCCUAAUUAAGUCAGUGAGACAAGCAUUUAACGCCACUUGCAAGAACCAAGCCUACUCCGAGGAACAAUGGAGAACAAUUCUGUCAGAAAUCACCUACAUGGUCAACGGACGACCGCUGUACCCCAGUUCCGACGAUAUCUGGGAGGCCCCACCGAUCACUCCAAACGACCUACUUCUAGGCCACUACAAUCCACCACCACAACCAGAACCAGAGGAAAGAACCAAUCCGCGACAAUUACUCAGGAGCGCCCAAAACAGAGUUGCUGAUUUCUGGAGGAGCUGGAUGAAGUAUUUCGCCCCAAACUUGUUACCAAGGAACAAGUGGUUUCGGGCAAAUAUCCUGGAAACGACUUAA